AUGCAACAACUUUGGGAAUCAUCUAUGCGCUCAGGAAUGUCAACAGAUGUGCUUCUGGCUGCACCUGCAGCCGGCUCUGUUAGUCGAGGUGCUGUAGAGGGCGGGAUUGGCGCCUUGUCGUUGGUGGAGCUGCUGGUGGAGUUGUCGCGCUCACUGACGUGCAACGCUGGCCGGAAAUAUCGUCGCGGGGACCACAGGGCGAUAGCUGUGGAAAACGUCUGCGACUGGAGGCCUGCCGCGACCCUCCGCUCCGGGGAACCGACGGCGGUGCGGAGGAAGCGGCGGCGCGAGGUCCUCAAUGCCUUUUUUGAUUCCUCUGGCGCGCCGAGGACGACGCCAGUGUCCGCCACGUCACCCACAGUAUUCCGUCGGCACAUGCGUCAGCUUUUUCAAAGCGCCAAGCAGAAUAUAAGGCAAGUUACAGAAACUUAUGCAGCGUUGCUCGAGCUGCUUUGCAGCGCUGUCGUCCCUGAUAUCGACUCGGUGGAGGAUUUUCAGGGCGCGGCGGCUCCGUCAGGGGUGUCUGAGGCCAGUUUGAUGCUGUACAUUAUCCUGCGCACCAGUAUUGCCGCCGCCCCAAGCUCGCAGAAGCCCCCUGUCAUUCCACGCUGUUGGUUGUCACCUUCCAUCACGGAAAUGGUGGAGCGAUCCCCGGUGCUGCAAAGAACGAUGCGGUGGUCGUGCGACCCCGAUCCCGUGGUGGAGGCCGCACUCGGCGUGGACCCCACCAGGUAUGCUCGCCUCGCCUUCGAGCCGUACAUGUCCUACGACUUGCCGGAGCUCAGGGCGUAUUAUACCGACCCCGCUGGUGCGGCGAAGUCGGCCGUCGUAGGUGGGGGUAGGAGAAGUUUAUUUCUUGGUAAUAAUUCGGAAAUGGAUGCGGCGCAUGAUGUUCCGCACUACUGGUGCGCAACGGAUGAGGAGGAGGUGCGGUGCCUCUUCGCUAGAAAGUGUUCGAACGCUUCGGACACUGAAGUGGGACUCUGCUCCACACCACAGACGACGCAGCGCGAUCCCUCGGUAGCGUAUGCGCCGCCUCAGUUGAGAAGCAAGGCAGCGAAUUCCUUUUGCUCCAUCUUCAGGGAGGAGUAUCCGGCGACUUCUCCGUUUUGCUCCCUCCUCUUUGUUGCCCUUCAUCACGGGAUCGUUGGACAGCAGGACCCGUACCUACUCCUGCGGCUGGAAGAGAGUGGCGGGAGGGAGUGCUCACCACCAGGCGCCAUGCCUUUCCCCAGCAAGUUGUCUUUUUCGCAGUUCAGUGAGGCGGCAGAACAUGCCUCGUCGACGUUCCCUGUAAGCAUUGGUGUUAGCCCGGAGUUCCUCCUUGCGGCGGGAGGCAAAGGAGGCAGUGAGGCGAUGACGAGAAGGGGCGUGAAUAGGACUGCCUUCGACGAGCAAGGAAGUGUAGAGACUGAGGAGCCGCAGUGCGUGAGGGGCGUUAUCGCCAUGUUGCAGUGGAGUUGUCAAAGUGGAACUCUUUUUUUGCGACUGCGUCAGCUGUGUGAAGUGGCGGAGCGACCCGAGUGGCGGGCGGCGCUGGGGCAGUAUGGAAAAAGUGCCAUUGAGGCGCUGCGUUGGCUGCUGCUCUCGCUGCAGCGCCUCGUGGCGGAGAUGGGCGAUCGUGCUGGGGGUCCACACUGUGUGUCGUUCAAGGAACUUCUUCUGGCCCAGCGGAGACUCCGGCAUGUUGCGGAGGAUAUCACUGCACUGAGUGAUGUUCUUCUUGUGCAUGCGAGGGCAAACUGGGAGGCGUCUCAAGCGUUGAGGGAACUGUCCUCUGCCACGCUGCUAACUUCACUCUACAGACAUUAUGCAAAGCGAAGUGUCAACAACCAAUGGCGGUGUCGAUGCUUGACCGUUGAUGCUGCGACUGAGGCUCCCGUGGGAAGAGUAGAUGUUAUCGGUGAGCUGUUUAUUGCUGUCUUGAGUCCGCUGCAUCACAUGUUGGGAGCCUGGCUCCGUGCUGGUGAGCUAAAUGACCCCUACGAUGAGUUUUUUAUACUGCCCUCUCACGGCACCACCGCGUGCGGUUUCCGCGUGGAUACUUCCGCACAGCGUCUGCCUGAGUUCAUAUCACCGGAAGCGGCGGAGCGGAUUCUUCAUGCGGGGGUGAGUCUGCGUGUUCUCCGCGCCGCCGCGCACCACGUGACUCUCUGCGCCACGAAGGAACAACGGCGGUUGAGGAGCCAAGCCGAGGAUGUUGACUUCGCUGCUCUCCACCAGGAGCAGAUGAAUGACGCCAACGACAUCAACUGGCUCUUACGCGACUUUAUGGAGUUGCUGCUGGGCAACCGUUUGCCUGCAAUGUUUCUGAAGAUGCCCGAGGUGAGUCUCCUGACGCAGGAGGGAUCCCUCGCGCACUGGCAGGCCUUCUACGGUGCAUGCAAUAACGUGUUGCUCUCGGUAGGAAACGAGACGGAGCGCGAAUCGAAUAACAGCCCCCCGUCUGGACCCCUCGAGCUGGUACGUGUGGUUCCCGUACACUCCGUGGUGGGGGAUGAGGCGCUGAGAAGCGUCUGCACCGGCGAGCGUGGCGUUGUGGGAGGAAAAGCGAAAUCCCUUCUGACAAGCUUGUCACGCCUCUCAAGGACUACAACGGCAUGGCAAGAGGCUGUCUGCGAGGAAUUGGCUCAGUGUGCCCACGCCACGAGUCGAGAGGAGGCGGCGGCCAAGGCGAAGGAGCGCGCCGCACUUCGCUCAGCCUACGAGAGGAAGAUAUUGCACCGCAAGUCCCAGCGGCAGCUGCAGCAAUGGAAGGCACAGCGCCUUUCCUUAAAUCUGGAGAGGGCCGCCGUGCUGUCAAGGUCGGUUGACGACUUGCUGGAGCUGUACGCCCGCGUGCUGGGUCAAACUUCCACGGCGGUGGAGGAAGAGCAUGACGAGGCCGCCGAGGAUGGUCGGCGGACGCCCCUAGGGAGGUUUGUCAUACCUCUCCCCCACCUAACCUCCCCCGCAGAGGCUGCUGAGAGGGCCACGGCAGUCACCCGAGGGAAGGUCACUCUGUCGUUGGAGACUUCGGCAUUUUUCAGCAAUGAAGAAGCGCCCUGUGAGGCGUCGACCGUUGCAAAGCCUCGUGCCACAGUCCCACCCCCUCGUUGCGGAAGUAGCUCCAUGUGGAUGAGUUCCCUGUCGCUCUCGCUCUACUCUGGGCAAAAAUGUUUUGCCUGGCAAGAGGAACUGCCACGGGCAGAGGUGCCCGACGCGGAAAUGUACGCUGUGGCCGACAUCAACGACGAGGAGUACCUGAUGAAGCGGGCAGGGCCUCAAGUAAGUGACGCAAACGCGAGGGAAGCGAUGUUUGCCCAAUUUGAUGCGGCCGAAGCUCGUGUGCAAAACUACGUUGUGUCGAGCGAGGCAUACCAGCAGGCGUGCAGGGAGGUGGCUAUGAAGUCGCUUCAGAGUGAGGGCAAUAGCGGCUGCAGGACCAUUGAUAACGAUGAGUGCAUUAGCGACUACUGGUGGACAAAUCCGACUGCGGAUGAAGGAACCCUCUUCGGCCACCAAGCAUCCAUCUCCUUCGCGUUGAUGGAGGCUUCGCAGGCACCACAUGCUCUGGCCGAGGAGCACGCAAAGCGACUUCUGCACUGCUCCUCCUACUAUCUCACACUGAGCAACUACACCGCGAGUUACUUGACACACAAGGCACACAGGUAA